AUGCACCGGUGCAAGUGGUCCUCUAAAGUUCAAGAACCAAAUAUUGUAAUAAUUAUUUCCGGGAAUUCUUCGGACACAGGCCCCAGUGGCAUAAUCAGGAGCGGUCCAGAGGACACCAGAGGGGUCCCUCAUAGUGGCGGACGAGGAGCUGCUUCUGCAGCGAACCGCCUCCGAAUCCGCGAUCCCGACGAUGAGUUCGAUACCCCACUGGCCGAAGCCUACGCAGUCGACUCGGGGAGCGAAGAAGAGGAAGAGCAAGGUAACGAGGAGCUGCUCAAUCUGUUACAAGAGGAAGAGGAUGAGGACUCCGAGUUCCAAGAUAAUUUUUCAGAAGAGGUUGAGCACAGAAUUGGAGACACCUCUCCCCUACGUCUAUUUACCCAAAUUUGGGACCAACCUCUUUUGGAUAUGAUUCGUGAGCAGACAAACUUCUACGCUUGGAAGACCAUUGUUCCUCUAUCAGUGUCCGAAACUGGCAUCUCCGCCCAAUCACGUUUAAAUGACUGGGUUGCGACGUCCGUUUGA